AUGAUGAUUGGGAUAGACUUAAAAUAAUGAUAGAUAUUCUUCGUCCAAUUUUUGAUGCAACAGAAAUUCUAUCUACUUCAACAUAUCCAACUAUAAGCGAUGUUAGAUUAACUAUAUUUGGAUUAAUUCAAGAAUCUUAUCCAGAUGAUGAAAAUUAUUUAUUCGUUGAGUCUAUUAAUUCUAAACUAAGAGAAUAUUGGGAUUAUAUAGAGGAAUCAACAACAAUAAGCACAUUGUUAGAUCCACGAUCAAAAACAAAAACAUUUAAAACUACUGAGCAGCAUGAAAAAGCUAUGAAUAUGUUACAAAAUCAAAUAAAAAAUUAUACUAGUAAUCAACAAAAUCGUGUAGUUUCAAAUAUAAAAAAAAAUAAACGUUUAUUUUUUGAAUCACUUUUAACUGAACAAAGCGGUGGUCCGUCUAUUGAAGAUGAAGUUACAAGAUAUAUUACAACGUCUGUAAUUUGUAUACUAAAAAUCCUUUAG